CGCUACUGACAGUUGUUAAAGUUUAUUUAUUUUUUAUUGCACUUUUCAUCACAAUUAUUAGCCAUUUUCACCAAAAUAUUCCUUAAAGAUGACACUGGACGCACAUAAGGAAGAUGAUAAACUGCUAACCACCAUACAACAGGAAUAUAAAAUACUUGCAGAAUACAAAAUGAUUGAGUCGGAAAAAAUAGGCGGGGUUUAUGUUGUACCCUCAUAUGGAAACUCGCUAUUGUGGUUUGGCGUGAUCUUUGUUCGUCAAGGAUUUUACGUAGAUGCAGUAUUUCGCUUCACAAUACUCUUGCCAGAUAAAUUUCCUGAUGACAAAACUCUGCCUACAAUCAUUUUCCAAAAUGAAAUUACACAUCCACUAAUUUGCCCCUACACUGGCUCCUUAGAUAUUUCGUGCGCUUUUCCUUAUUGGCGCAGCGGCGAAGAUCACAUCUGGCAAGUGCUUAAAUAUAUUCAAGCUAUAUUUGUAGAUCCUAUUGAAUGUACACGCCUCGCCGCUACUGGCGCCAAAUAUAACAAUGCCGAAGCUGCAGAGUUGCUUACACAAAAUCGUGCUGAAUUCAUAGCGCGUGCCAAGGACUGUGCUACAGCUAGCAAAGAUCGUAUCUACGAUGAACCACCUACUGAAGAUCCGCAUUAUAUAGUAUUCGAGAAGUUCGAUGCCGAUGUACAUGGGCCCGUACGAGAUCGCAUUUUUGCAGGCAAGGAGGCAGCUGAAAGUCCAGCCGUCCCAACAAAUGGACUUUCAUGGGUUAAGGAAGGUGAAUUCAAACCGCUUAGCGUGGAUUAAUGAAACUGGGCAUAUGUACGCAGUAGUUACAUAUAUAGAAAACGUUACAAAUAAGCUUAGUUUACUGCAUUGUUCGUAUUUAGUUUUAUUACACAAAAUAUUCUUAAAAAUUUUAAAAUAAUUAAAAAUUUACCUGAUU